AGGCUAUGAAUCCUACGAUACAUGAUGGUCAUUGAAUCUACGCGACUGACGCGCUGCGGUCAUGUUAUUGUUUAGAAUUUCUCAUCAAUAUCUUGUUAUGAAGUGUUUUAGAUCGGCUUCCGGAAUUUGCUAACUUAAAUGGAUCAUGUUUGUGUAUAUUUGUACCGUAGUACACUCACCAGUUCCCCUUAAUCCAACAUUAUCUAUCGUCUGCGUCAUUUUCAGCAAUGUACACACCCGAUACAAAGAUAAGGCCACGAUAAAGAACCUUAUCAUUCCACCUCGAUCGAAAGUCGAAAGCGCAUGCCGCGCCGCGAAUUAAAAAAAAAACAAUGCGCGCUAAAAUAUAUUUGACGUUUUACUUUUUUAUUUUUAAAUUUACAAGUGGCCAGGAUUCCGUUACGGAAAAGGAGAAUUUAAUCAAAUUGUGUGCUGUUUGCACGUGCAGUGAGAUACCUGAAAUCGAUGGGACAGAUUUGGUGUUCAAUAUACAAUGUUCGGAGCUGGACACGAUUGAAAAUGUCCCGGAUUUGGAUAAGAUCGAGUGGCCGGAGAAUCCUAAUGGACUGAAAGUGUCCGCAGCAUUCGAGGGUUUAGGCCUUUCGACUCUGAGCAAGUUACCAUCGAACACGCAAGUAGAAACGCUGCGUUUCAGCAACAACGCAAUUCAAACAUACUGGCCCGACCCCUUCAGCGAGGUUCCAAAUUUGAAAAAGCUAUCGUUAUCCCAAAACGACCUAACAGAAAUCACCCCCGAUCUCUUUACAAAGAUACGAGCUUUAGAAGAUUUAGAUCUGUCCUAUAACAAGCUAGCUGAUUUCAAUACAUUAGAUUUUAAGUCUUUAGCCCAUGUCAGAAGGUUGAAUUUACAAAGUAAUCAAUUGAAGAAGAUACCAGUCCGUGCUUUGGAGCCGAUGUCCGCAUUAGAGGACUUGGAUUUGAGUAAGAAUGGCAUAUACGACGUUUUACUGCAGAGAGUCGAUGGGAACACUAUGAAGGGUUUGAAACGGCUCAAUUUGAACGGGAACAGAAUAAGAUCUAUUGUCAGAGAUUCUUUCCCCAUUGAUAACAGCAUUGAACUCCUCGACCUCUCUAACAACGUAAUUGAGAUCGUAGAGUCAGAGGCAUUCUCCACUUGCACGAUCCUACGCGAACUGAACCUUGCGCAGAACAACAUAACGUUCACUUUCGCAUUACCACCGUCUCUCCAGAUUGCCAUCCUGAAGAUCAACACGUUGUAUCAUUGGCCAUCGUUCCCUAGUGGGAUUACGUACAUAGAUCUCUCAUAUAACAGAUUAUCGGAUAUGUAUGAUGAGAUUGAAGCUAAAUUCGAUAAUUUAGAGGUAUUAAACAUUGCUGGUAACCAGAUAAAAGAAUUCACCAUCGAGAAAAAACUACCCAAACUAUUCAGCUUAGACAUCGCCUAUAAUCAAUUCACCGAAAUACCAAAGAGUUUAAGCAGACAAAACCUCCCUAAUUUAGAAGAACUACGCUUAGAUGGCAACCCUUUAGAAAGUGUAUAUUUUAAAAACAUAAUAGCUGUAAAGAGUUUGUACAUGAAUGAUAUGGUUAACUUGGUAGUAGUGGAUGAUAAAGCGUUUAGCAAUGUGGUCGGUCGCGGGAUAGAUGGAAGCGAUGAGAACUGUUUCUCUCUCUUUCUGUCUAACUGCCGGCAUUUGAGCGAGAUAAGGGAUGGAGCAUUUGAUGCUACGACGCUGUGUAUGUUGGACGUAAGCAAAAACAACCUGACGCGCCUUUCGAAGGACCUUCUAGACUGGUCUACUAUCUCCGAGGGCAUUGAUCUCCAGCACAACCCGUGGGACUGCGCCUGUGACCUGCAGUGGUUCCUUGAUGACCUGUUGCCGCAGAUGUAUGUGAAGCAUUCCAGGCUAUUAGCAGAACUUAGAUGCGGCUCUCCUCGUGCGCUUGAGGGGCUCCGCUUGGUGCACUGGUACAACUGGACUGAGAAGGCCUUUUGCGGCGACAAUUACAUGCACAGCACUUAUUUCCUUCAACCAUCGACCGAACAUGUCCCAACCAUAAGCCGCCUCGGCAUCAUACUGGGCUGCUGCGUCAUAGUAUCCCUGCUCAUAGCCAUAGCGCUAUCCGUAUACUUGGUGAAGAGUAGGAAGAGGUACCGAGUGAGACAGGCGGCACUGAACAGAAAGAGACAGAGCGCGUACGAUGCGAGGAAUAGUAAGGAACAGUUCAAGGCGUUGAACAAAGCGUAACUUGUAAAUGAUUGAUAGAUUGAUAUCAUUAAGUUUUGGAGUUACCAAAGGUAUUUAAUCAAUGCACCGUCCACCGCUAAAUGUGAAUUAGUCAGUAGAAAACGGCGUCACGACGAAAAGUGUAUACCGGCCUUAAGCUGUGUAUUUAUUUAUAUAGGUAAUUACGAGUAUUUAAUGCUUGACCUGACCUAAGUUAAAUGGAUCGUGUUGGUUGCUCUUCUGAAGAAUUGCAUUUUUUUUAAAUGUAUUACCUAAAAAAAUAUAAAUGUGUGAUAGAUAUAAUAGUAUUUUAUACAAUCAUGAUAUAAUAGAGAGCUUUUCAGUCGUGUGCCGUGUUUAAACAACGAAGCUUGCUGAGUUGCCUUAGUGAGGUACGAGAUUGAAAAGCUAGAUUAUAUCACUAUUGUAUACAACACUUUUUCUACGAGUCAUCUAAAAUAAUACUUUUUUUACUAUAAAAAUUAAUGAAACUUGGGAAGUAUCUCAGACAAAAGCGCAACUCCCGCCCUGCGCCCGUUUAGUCUUUUGUAUGGGAGCGCGGGCCGCCGCGUGAAUCGGUAAUUUUUUUUAUAGUUGACUAUAUUAGCGUAUCAAAAUGAAUCUUAUAGUUGAGUGGGCCUAUACAUAUAAAGUAACGCAAUUAUAGUUUGGUAUACGAAAUCUUAAUUCAACCACUACAGUCGACGGGUAUUACCAAUCGUUUUAGGUAGCUAAAAGUAGUGAAGUUUAAUUCAAAACUGAUAUAGACAUUUUGGAUAGUGCCAUAGUCACAAAAAAAUAUUUUCUAUCUACCUACACUAUCGUAAGUUCAGUAAAAUUAGUAGUAGUAAUGUAUGAAGUAGACUUAUUCAUAAACGUCUACUAAAGUUGACAAGCCGCUAAUAAUCGUUUGUCCCUUUCCGACUUAUUAGUAUGAUGGAAAGGGACAAACGAUUAUUAGCGGCUUGUCAACUUUAGUAGACGUACGUAUAUAAGUAUUUAUAUUUUAAUAUAUGACAUAUAUCGUCUACUUAGUACUCACAACACAAGCCUAAUUGAGGUUACAUUGGGACUAGGUUGCUUAGUGAAAAUUUAUUUGUUUGUAAAUAACUAAGUGUUAGCUUAGACAAAAUAAAUGUAUGAGCAAUAUUUAUUUUUGUAUAUAUAUUUUCUGUAAAUAUAGAAAAUAUGCGUUAAGGUAUAAAACUUAAGACUAAAAAUAUUUUAUGUAGACCAAUACCAAGAUAAAAUAGAGUUAGCUUCAAACCAAAAAAUACAAUUAUGUGUAAGUUUAUAUAUGACACAUAUGUAACAAAUUAAAUGACUAAAUAUAACGCUGUUUUAACCUUUUUUUAACUAUACUAUUUUUUUUUUUGACAAUCUUUAUAUGAUAAAUAAACCUUAAAAAAGCA